GGGCGCCUUCCUCAGGGGGCGGGGCUUGAAAGCUUCUCGCCCAGCCUGGAAGCUCAGAGCUGUACUUUUCCCUCGACCCGGCGAUAGAAAAUCGGGGUUGCAGCCCGGCAGGUUGAGCACGGACGACCUGAACCGCAGAUCCGCCGUGUCUAACUGCAGCUGACUUACGGCCCAGGAUGGGCCUGGAGGACGAGACUCAGGGAGGAGGCGCCGGACAGGAGAUGAAAUAAAAUGCAGCACACAACGUGUACAGAGGACAGGAUCCACCAUGCAUUGGAGAGGUGCCUCCAUGGCCUUAGCAAAAGCACAUUUUCUGCUAGUACAUGGACAGCUGGGCUUUGUCUGAACUGCUGGAGCCUCCAGGAGCUAGUCAGCCGUGAUGCAGGGAACUACCUCAUUCUCCUGGAGAAAAUCCUACAGAAGACUCAAGAGGUCCAAGAGAAAUGUGACUACAAUCUCUUUACUCCGUUGGCCUUGCUCUUCAGUGCAGCUCUCCUGUGUGUCCCCCAUUUUCCUUCAGAUUCAGAUCUGCUUCUGCGAGCUGUGAGGAUGUACCGUGAUUUUCUCACCUGGCCUGUGCCAUAUUGCAGUAUCUGUCAGGAAUUACUUAACUUUAUCAACAAUGAACUCAAAGCCCCAGGGAUUUCAUUUCAAAGGCUUGUUAAAGCUGAGCAAGGAUUACCUCAAAAGGGCUGUGAGAAUUCCACUGUAACAGUCCUGUUGUUGAACCCAUCAGAAGUUGAUGGGGAAUUCCUAUCAGUUGCUGAAAAGCUAAGCACUGCAGAGCACUCUCAACAUACAUUACUAGUGACGCUCCUGGAGCACAUGUACCAAGCUAACUUUGGAACCAGAUGCAACCUGGCAAAAUUACAUCAAAUCCUGAAGCUGAAAACUGCAGAAGAGCUCAUGAAAUUAUUCACCAGAGCCACAGAAGCCCAGGAGAUGGCAGUUCUGACUAGCAAUGACCCUUCUACUGCCAGGGCACAGCUGGAAUCUGCCUUGCUAGAGAUUGCAAGAACAGCAGGGCUACCUGAAAUAACAGACGAAGCCCAGCUGUCUAAACUCAGUGUGAUCCCCAUCCCUGUUGCCCGCUGUUAUGUGUACAGAUGGGAUAAGGAUAAUUUUGAUAUCUUGAAUGAGGUACUAGACAAAGAAGUGGAGUGUCCAAAACCAGUUCUUGUGGAGGAUGAGGAGGAGGAGGAGGAGCUUGAUAGUUGCUUUGCAGAAAAAGAUUGCCUCUUGUCCACCCUUGCCUCAGUCACCAAAGAUUCUAUGUACUCAACGUUGUCCGAAGAUGACCCAUGUGACUCACAAGGGUCUGUCAUCUCUGCUCUUUCCAAAGACUCUGAGCUCUCCUUGGCCUCUAAGAAGUCCUUGAAAUCUUUUGUCUCCAGCCUGAAAGAUUCUAUGGAUAGUGGUUAUGUGGAAGACAGCGAUGACAACUCUUUUGAUUUGACAGGACGCUUUGAUCUGAAAGAGGAAAAGGUAUCCCACAGGCAUCGGCUGAGCAACAGGCUAUACAAAUUGUUCAAGAGCAAGAGCCAAAUGAUCUUGGGCAAAGAUGUGAGGGACAUCUCUGAGGUAGCCUCAUUAUCCUUGCCGCUACGCCGAGCAGAGAGUCUUUGCAAUCCUGUAGCCAAGGACCGCAUCCCUGCACGAUCCCGACGGGCACAGUCACUGCCACAGCAUAUGCUGAGUGCCACGCUUCUGCAGAGACAUAUACCACAGAACACUUCUGUCCAACGCAGGCCCAUGCUGAGCAGCAAUGAAGAUACAAAGAUCUCAACACUGCGAGUGGUUGUGUUUGGUUCUGACCGCAUCUCAGGGAAAGUGGCCCGGGCUUAUAGAAGUUUGAAAUCUCAAGAAAGCAGCUGCCCCUGUUUAACUCGGUACUGUAGACUGCAAUUUUUUUAUGUCCCUGUGAAGAGGAGCAAUCCUACCUCAUUUGCACUGACUUACCCACUUCCUUCUCCAGGAAGUCCUCAUUCCCGUGCCUUUGGAUCAAUGGAUCCAAGUUUGGGAGGGAUGGAGAGCAGCACAAACGAUAUCUCAUUCUAUAUAGGUAUGCUGGAUCCCUGGUACGAGCGCAAUGUUCUUGGGCUAAUGAAUCUCCCCACCAAAGUUCUAUGCCAGCAAUCCACUAAGCCUGAGGGAGAGCUUUCGGAGGAAACAACCACCCAACUUCCCAUCCUGGCUGAUAUGAUUCUUUAUUACUGCCGCUUUGCUACCCACCCUGUAUUACUCCAAGUCUACCAGGCAGAGCUCACUUUCAUUGGGGGAGAGAGAAGGACCGAGAUCUUCAUCCACUCCCUUGAGCUGGGCCACUCAGCAGCCACGCGCGCCAUCAAAGCCUCAGGUCCAGGUUGCAAGCGUCUUGGCAUAGAUGGAGACAGAGAAGCAAUCCCACUAACACUACAGAUCAGCUACAGCAAGAGGGCAGUCAGUGGAAGGAGCCACUGGAAUGACACUGAAAAAGUUUGUACAUCCAUCAGUCUCAGCAAGGAUUGUAAGAGACAAGAGGAACUUGGUCCAAAAACAGAAUGUUUGACUCUUACUGCAACAGAGGUAAUCAAGAGGCAAAGCUCUAAGUCUAAAAAGAGUUUCAAUCAGCAAAUAGGUAUAUAUCAAUUGAAAGUGGACGAAGUUCAGAUCACAGGAGUCAACUGUUCCUUUGCUCUGUGCCUAGACCAAGAUGAGAGGAAAAUUCUGCAGAGCAUUACCAGAUGUAAAGUCUCUGCAUGCUACAAACCCAAGACCCAUGAGCCCUGCACUAGGGGAAAUCCCACUUCAUUACCUCCUCCCCAAGAUUCCUUUGAUUUCUGCUCUCUUCUGUGCUUGCCUAUUACUACCUUCAGUGGAGCACUUCCCUAAGGAUACCAGAAAGGAUGGACUGGGUACCCUGUCUCAAAUGCUGACUGAAGUUGCAGCCGAACUGGGACUAGCUUCCAAACAUUGUCCGGAAAAAGAAAAUCCAGUGUUCCCCUCCAGUUGCCUCCAUGCUGAUCCUAGAAGGAGAGUACCCCAGGUUUAGUAAAUGAGUAUAGAAUGAAAAGCCACAUCUAAGGAGAUGGAAUAUUGGUUAUUUGAGUGUUGCCGAGAUACUGUAUUUUUGGAGCUGGAGUAAAGGUCAAGAAAGUACAUCUGAAAUGCAGAGAAAGGAUGGGAAGACCGGCCAAUUUAUGUGAAAGUUCUUCACACAAGAUGAAGGAAUUGCCGUGCUUUUCCUCCAAGAAUAAGGACAAUCUGAAAAUCCUAUUCACUUAAGCAUAAUUCCUAGAAUCAGACUGAAUGCAAUUUCUUCAAAACAUCAACACCAGCUUCAGUUGUAAGAAAUACAUUGGUGAAGAAUUGGGACAGGAAGAUGUAGUUUCAGUUUCUCUUCUAGAUAGCAAUCAAGCUGUGGCUCUAUAUACAAACUAUUGGAUGCCACAAUGUGCUGGUUUAACAGCUUGGUGGGUUGUAUUGCUUUUUAAUCCUUUGGUUUUAUUCCUUGACUAAUUUUCCUCUGAUUAAUUAUUAAAAUCUUACUCUCCCAGGACCAUCUCAGUGCACCUGACGUAAACAGCCUGACUUAAACAGUCUGCAACCCACCAAAUAGCACACAGCACUUUGGUUUUCAGUAACUGCAAAGGAAUAAAUUAUUUCUGUGACCAGGCAACACUUUUCAAUUAAAAUCAAGUAACUGUAUGUGUGAAGAGCUUUUUCUUAAUAAAGAUAAGAAUUGCCCACUGGAAUGAAUCUGUAUAUAAUACUCUGUGUAAAUUCUUGUGAUCUAGUUUUAUAAAAAAGAUAUUUUAAUGAUGGCUGUAAAAUUAUUUGUCUAAUAAAGCAGCCUUUUCCUAAA